AUGGCCGAUGGUGAGGAUAUCCAACCCCUCGUCUGCGACAAUGGAACGGGAAUGGUCAAGGUAAUGGACUGAACUCCCCACUCGCACAUUCUUCUCGUCGUGAUGAGAAAUAUCGUUCAUCCUCACGGUCGCCUCCUCAGGCCGGUUUCGCCGGAGACGACGCCCCCAGGGCCGUCUUCCCCAGCAUCGUCGGCCGCCCCCGGCACACCGGCGUGAUGGUGGGGAUGGGCCAGAAGGACGCGUACGUCGGCGACGAGGCUCAGUCGAAGCGGGGGAUUCUGACCCUCAAGUACCCGAUCGAGCACGGGAUCGUGAGCAACUGGGACGACAUGGAGAAGAUCUGGCACCACACCUUCUACAACGAGCUCCGCGUCGCCCCCGAGGAGCACCCCAUCCUCCUCACUGAGGCCCCCCUCAACCCCAAGGCCAAUCGCGAGAAGAUGACCCAGAUCAUGUUCGAGACCUUCAACACCCCCGCCAUGUACGUCGCCAUCCAGGCCGUCCUCUCCCUCUACGCCAGCGGCCGCACCACUGGUACGACUCCCUUCCCUUUCCUUCCCUCCCACAAAGACGGGAUCUUCCUUCCCACCCUUCCCUCGGUUUCCUGCGAUCUGAAGAGUGUCUGCUCGGAAUCUGUGUUUUCUGGUGCAGGGAUUGUGCUGGACUCUGGUGACGGGGUGAGCCACACGGUGCCCAUCUACGAAGGAUACGCUCUCCCGCACGCCAUCCUCAGGCUAGACCUCGCCGGCCGAGACCUGACGGACGCGCUGAUGAAGAUCCUGACGGAGCGCGGGUACUCCUUCACCACAACGGCGGAGCGGGAAAUCGUGCGGGACAUCAAGGAGAAGCUGGCCUACAUCGCCCUGGACUACGAGCAGGAGCUGGAGACGGCCAAGUCUAGCUCCACCGUGGAGAAGACCUACGAGCUCCCCGACGGGCAGGUGAUCACCAUCGGCGCCGAGCGGUUCCGCUGCCCGGAGGUGCUCUUCCAGCCGUCGAUGAUCGGCAUGGAGGCCGCCGGCAUCCACGAGACCACCUACAACUCCAUCAUGAAAUGCGACGUCGACAUCCGCAAGGACCUCUACGGGAACAUCGUCCUCAGCGGCGGCUCCACCAUGUUCCCCGGCAUCGCCGACCGCAUGAGCAAGGAGAUCACCGCCCUCGCCCCCAGCAGCAUGAAGAUCAAGGUGGUCGCCCCCCCGGAGAGGAAGUACAGCGUCUGGAUCGGAGGCUCCAUCCUGGCGUCCCUCAGCACCUUCCAACAGGUCUCGGAAAAAGCAACCCACCAUCAUUCUUCCUCAAUCUCCCCGCCGGACCUUGCUCUCCUGAUUCUCUUCUCCUCUUGCUCGCUGCUCGCAGAUGUGGAUCUCCAAGUCCGAGUACGACGAGUCCGGCCCCUCCAUCGUUCACCGGAAGUGCUUCUGA